AUGGCAGUGCCAAGUGCCUGCAGUGUGAUUCAGAAGCCUGCCACAGUGAAGUACAUGUAUGAACAUAGCAGAGGUGUUUCACUGGCAUUAAACAGCAAGGCGAAAGAGGACCUUGGCAUAGGGAGCAAGCAGGCUGCCUUCUCCUGCCUUGGUGUGACCUACAAACGAGAUCUGUAUGCGGCUGAAUCGAUUAUUAAGGAGAAAAUUUCACAAGAGAUUUGUGUAGUUAUGGACACAAAAGAAGAUCAAGAACCUGUAGGGCAUCUUCUUGAAGAAGUGCUAAAAAAUGAAUUAAAUCAUGUUAAAGUCACAUCUGGGACUCUGGACCACAUCAGCAGAGACAUUCAGUGUGUUGCCUCAGACCAGUGCUACAAUUUUGUCUGUGUGAAUGUUAUGUCAUCUGAUUUUCAAGAAACUCAGAAAUUAUUGAGUGUGCUCGAAAAGAACCGCCUUUCUGUUUUGUGUCCUGUAGUUGUUGUUUCGGUGCAUUUCAUUGAUUUUGCAUUAGUACCACUUGGUCAGAAAAUGGAAAGCCUGAUGUGGAUUAGGGAAUUUGCAAAGGAAGUGAAAGAAAAGAAUAUUUUAUUAUGUGGCCUCCUCAUAAAUUACUCACAGGAUGAGCCGAAACUACAAGAGAGUUUAAGGCAAGGUGCCACAAUUAUUGCUGCCGUAGUUAAAGAAAGAAGCUCUGCACUUGGUGGUCAGCUCCUGGUAGCCUGAGAACACAGGCAAAACUAAAACCAAACAACAAGAAAAGAAAUGACCUAUAAAGCUUCCAAGACAUUUCCCCAGAACCCUAUCUUGUACUUUAUUCCCCACCCCCAUUCUCUCCUAGUGUUCGGUAGAAAGUUUUAGUUGUUUUAUACAUCUUGCAACUUGUAGAAUGUGAUGCUUAGAUUGUGAAAAUAGGUUAAUGUCUGUGCCUAUGAAAUUAUUUGUGUCAAAUGUAAAUGGGCUCAACCAGAGACAAAUAAGUCGAAAAUAACUGCCUUUCAUAAAGAAUCUUUUCAAAACUGCUGAAAGUCCAAAUUGAAAGGAUAAGGGCUCAGCUGCUCCUUCAAGUAAGGAGACUGUAGGAAGCUUAGCUGUUAUCUUAGAUCUAUUGUUAAUUAACAGCUUGAUCACAUUAUAAUGAGACUAAUGACUAAGAUUUACCUUGUAUUAUUGUAUUAUUGUUAAUUGCCUUGUUUUGAAAUUUACCAAACCUUAAAAUGGAGGGGAACUGGGAAAACAGCUCUGGGAAAGUGCUUGCCUCACACGUAUGGGACCCCUGGACCAGCAUCACAAAA